AUGUAUGCCGCGCUCUUGUUUGCCGCGCUUUGCUUCUUCAAAACAACUUAUGCUUGCAUAUAUAAAUAUGGGACAUCGCUUGACUCACUGGCGGCUCCUAACGGCGGAACCCCCUGGGAUCAUGGCUUGCAUGGAGACGACUGGAUUGGUGUGGACGCAACUGGAAAGCCUUGGGCCUGCAUGAGCGGAAUUCGCCAAAGCCCUAUCAAUUUGCCAAACGCAAAUAUCCUUGACAAUCGCGGCAGCCGCAUACCGCGCAAGUUCCGUACCCAAUGGUCGUACCCAACCAUCUACUCUAACGGCUCUAAUGUGGAGGUUAUCAACACAGGACACACCAUUCAGGUUGAGUGGCUGUCGCCGUACGCAGCCGACGUCGAGAUUGUGGUCCCAGCACGCCAGGACCGCAACACACAGAUUACCGCAGUGCUGAGUAUGAAUGAGAACGAUCAGGCCACAACCGUCCAGGCCACGCCGCUACAGUUCCACUUCCACACGGUCUCCGAGCACCUGAUUGGAGGCGAGUACCACCCUCUUGAGCUUCACAUCGUCCACCGUGUGACUGACCUGCCCGCCUGCACCGCCGGCUGCUUCUCCGUGACGGGGGUGCUGUUCGAGCUGACUCAGUCGGAGGACAACCCCUUCCUGGAGGCCAUCUGGGCGGCCAUGCCCAUGCGCGAAGGGGCCAUCAACUAUUUGCCUCCGGACGCUCAAAUCCGUCUUGAGGAGCUUCUCCCUCCCCCCUCCUCCCGCGAGUAUGUCACCUACGAGGGCAGCCUCACCACCCCGCCCUGCUCGGAGGGGCUGCUGUGGCACGUGAUGCUCAAGCCGCAGAAAAUUAGCAUGGCGCAGUGGACCAAGUACAAGACGGCUGUGGGUUUCAAGGAGUGCAGCCUCAAGAACGCCACCGCCACCGCCACCCCCAGCGCCAAGUCUGGAAGCCGGCAGCCUCGCCACCACCACAGCCGUCACCUGGCUGCAGCGGCCCCUGGCAACCCCGAUGACUAUACCUGCAAUGUCGUGGCGUACGGCACCAACUUCCGUACGCCCCAGCGUCUGUUCGGCCGGGCAGUCAAGCUCGCUUCUUAG